CUCGGUUGCCGCGGUGCUUGGUCUUUAAUACCCGGGGUGCUCGGUCCCCGCGGUGCUCAGUGCUUAGUACCCGGGGUGCUAGGUGCUCAGUCCGCUAGGUGCUCGGUGCUGAGUCCCCGCGGUGCUAGGUACUAAGUUCCCGGGGUGCUCGGUCCCCGCGGUUCUCAGUGCUUAGGACCUGGGGUACUCGGUGCUCAGACCGCUGGGUGCCUGGUGCUGAGUCCCCGCGGUGCUAGGUGCUCAGUCUACGGGGUGCCCGGUGCUUAGUACCUGGAGUACUUGGUUCCCGCUGGGUGCUUAGUUCCAUCGGUGUUCGGUGCUCGGUCACCGCCAUGCCCGGCCCCGCUGCGUUCAUCGCCGUCAUCCUCCUGCUGCAGCUCCGGAUCCGGGAGAGCGCGGAAGACGUCACCGUCGUCUGCCGCGACCUGCGCGACGUGGAGGUCACGUGGGAACCGGCCGAGCAUGCGGGGGCGAACCUGAGCCUGACAUGGAGCUACACCCCAGAGCCCCUGCGGCCCUGCCCCCAGUACUUCCUGUCCGGCGGCCUCACUUCCGGCUGCGUCCUCCCCGCGCGCCUCGGACGCCCCCUAGAGAUUGACGUGCGUCGGGGGGCGGAACCUGUGUUCCACCGGAAGGGGCUGGCCUCGGCCUUCCUGAAGCCCCGCCCUCCCGACAAACUCACUCUCCAUUGGCUGGAGGACGCCAUCCGUGUCACAUGUCCUGCCCUCCCCCAUGUCGGGCUCGAUUACGUCAUCCAGCACCGCGGGAUGGGGGACACGGACUGGGUGGGUCACGCCCAAAGACUUCCUGUCCCCGCCUUGCAGGCCUCGGCCCCGGUGCCCUCCUGUGAUGUCAUCGUGGGUGGAGUCGACCCCAGCGCCUGCCUCGCCUUCAGGGUCCGGGCGUUCCCGAGAGAAUCGGUCUAUGGCCGCGAAGUGAAGCCUAGCGAUUGGAGCUCCGUGACACAAUGGAGGGCGGGUGACGUCAUGGAUUCCUGCCAGGCCCCGCCCUCUUCCGGGUUCCCAAAGCUACAGGUUGCCUGUGGCCUCGUGACCCUGGUGACAUCAUUGCUGCUGCUGCUGGCAUUGUGGAGGGUCAAGUGCGGCCUCCUCCCCUGGGUCCCUGACCCCAGGGGUGGCUUCCGAGGACUGUUUGAGCGACAUGGCGGGAACUUCCAGGCCUGGAUUGCGCAGGACGUGUCUCCGCCCCCGAAUCCCGAAGCCAUUGACCCCGCUGACCCUGCUGAGGUGGCCCUGGUCCUGGAGCAUUAUGGGAAGGGUGAAGCACCCGACCCAGCCUUGGGGUUUCCCGGGCUCCCCUGCCAGGGCCCGAGGGACAGGGACCUGGUGAGGGUGGGCGGGGCCACCUUCGUGAUGGAUGGAGGCUCAUACAUGACCCUGUGACCCCGACGUCACCCUGCUUUGACCCCGACGCGACCCUGCUGUGACCCCGGCGGCCAUGAUGAAAGAAGGCGCUCAUAGUGCAUGCUGGGAAGAGGGAAAAUUUCUGGGUCUGUGCAUUUCUAGUAAAACGUCACAUGCGAGUCUCAAGUAUUAUGAUGUCACAUGUGAGUUUCUGGUAUGCGAGUGUCACAUUACUGUGGGGUUCUGAGGCACAGCAUGACGCCUCGCAGACUGAACUACAUCUCCCAGCAUUCACUGCGGCUCCCGACUCAUUACUUCUGGCUGUCAAGCAAUUUUUUUCCUGAUUCCCAGUAUAAGCCAUUAGGGCUCUCAGAGAAAUUGCGGGUGCUCUGAGUUGAACUACAUCUCCCAGGAUGCACUGUGAUCUCGUUAUCCCAUUUCCGGCGGGGAUUCACAUACUUCUGAUUCCCAGUAUGAAGCAGGGCUGUGGAUCUCACGUUGAACUACAUCUCCCAGCAUGCACAACGGGGCUAUUCCUCACUUCCGGCUGUCAAAGCGUCCUGAUUCCCAGUAUAAACCAGUGCAGUCCAGGAAUGCAGUCUGGAGACCCAAUUUGGGCCUCCCAGAGC